CCCAAUUGCCUCACCGAGAACAACUACGAUGGACGAGAAGACCGACUACUCGCUCGUGCAGGACCAGUCGUCGCUGCGCAAGAAGGUCACGUUUGGCGUUCUUCUUUUCGUGUCCAUUUUUGCCAUUGGUCUCGGCGCCGGCGUCAUCGUGCAGGAGGUCAGCCACAACAACAUCGAGGGCCACAACUCGCAGCUCACGGUCACGGGCGACGUCAACUCGUGCUACGGCGUCCAUUUGAUGGCCAACGGCGCCAGCAUCGGCGACAGCAGCGUGUGCCCGGGCGCCAAGAAGACCCAGUUCCUCGUCAAGAGCAUCCCGACCGCCGUCAAGUUUGACAUUCCGGCGUCGCAGUGCUUUGCGAACGUCGUGUAUGCGACCAACCAGACGCUCGAAGGCUUCAAGGGCCCGACCUCGAUCACGAUCAAGAGCGCGCACUUGGCCGCCAAGCUCGGCGACAACUCGACCGCGACGGCGUGCGCGACAGGCUAUAGCUUCACCAAGGCGACGACGUUCUCGCUCGACUUGGUCGCGCUGAAGGGCGUGAACGGGUCGCUGCCGUCGGACAACGCGACGAUCCUCAGCAGCCUCUCGGUUUAAGCGCACCCAGCCCCAUCUUUUUGUACAUCUCCAAAUAUAUAUGCAGUCGGUUCCGAUGGAUUUCCAUCACCUUGUCUCUUGG